AUGAGUGAUCGACGUUCUUCUCAUCAUCACCAUCAUCAUCAUCAUCCACGACAAACAUUCGAAGAGAAAUAUCGAGUAUUGGAAAAUGAACUCAAGCGAAAAAAUGAUACAAUUGAAUCAUUAAGAAAUGAAAUUGUUGAUACAAGUCAUCAAAAUGAUCUAUCACGUUCUUCUUGUGCUCCUGCUGAACAAUCGUUUGUUCGUACAACUUCUCAACGUUCAAGUGCUAGUUCUAAUUGGAAUGUACUUACUAAAGAUCGUGAAAUUGCUAAAUUAAAAGCAUUGUUAUUUGAAAAAGAUAAUGAGCUUAUUGCUCUAACAUCAGCACACAAAAAUGCUUUGUUACAGAUGGAAGAUCGAAUGGAACGUGAACGAAAAGUUUGGAACGAACAUAAAGAACUUUUAUUAGCCGGUGAACGAGCAAAAUAUGAAGAAGAAAAAACUCGCCUAUUAAAAGAUUUACAACAGCAAUUAAAUGUUGAACAUGAACGUUGUCAACGUUUAGAACAAAAAUUAUAUGAUGCACAAAUGCAAUCAAGUGAAGCUAAAUUAAUGUUAAAAGAAAGUGGUCGUGAACGUAUCAAUGCUGUUUAUGGUACUAAAGAACAGUGUAGAAAAGAAUUUCAAGAUGAAAUUACUCGACUACGUAAUCAAUUUCAACAAGAAAAAGACACUGAAUUUACUCGUAUACAAGAACGUGUUCGAGAAUUAGAAGAAACAUUAGAUCAAGUUUCAACUGAAAAUGCUGAUGCAGCAUUACGUCAACAUGAAUUAUUUCUUAAUUUGGAAACUUCGGAAAAAACUUGUGUUCGUUCAAUAACUGAUUCAAUUAAGAAAUUACUCAUGGCUAUGGAUAGUCCAUCACACGUUUAUGCAACAAUUCCACAUAUUUCAUCAUUUACAUAUGAUCGUGAAUCGAUUGUUGAACGAUUACCAACUCGAAGUGUACUUAAAUUACUUCAAGACACAGUUGAUGAUAUUCGUAAUUAUAUAAUUGAACAAAGAGUACAAAUUGAAACAAAAACAAAAUUUUUAAAAAAAUCCAAAGUAUUAGCAGAUCGUACAACAGAUUAUUCCAAUCGAACAUAUGAUGAUAAUCGUCAACAACAAUCAACAACAAGAAGUUCACUUUCAAAACAUAGAAAAGAAAAUGAUCGUCUAUCACAAACAUGUGAAAAUCGUUCUCAUAAUAGUUCGUAUAAUCCAUUUCAAUUAUCAUCUCAACAAAAUGAUACCAUUGAUAAUCUUGUACAAAAACUUGAAGAUCAUAUUGCAACUGAACUUGAUCGUUUGACUAAACAACGAAUUACAUUAAAUAAUUCAAACCACCAUGAUGAACGAAUGACAUCAUAUCAUGUCGAACCACCUAAAAAGGUAAAAUUCGAACCAAUACCUUCGAAUAACGUUGACGAAGUAAAUCAAGAUUCACUUAUUCGACAUUUACAAAAUCGCAUUAGUGAUUUAAGAGAUGAUAAUAUGCGUUUACGUGAUAAUCAACAAUCAAAAUCCAAUUCAUCCUCAUAUCAUGAAAAUGAUAAUCAACAUUCAUUUUCAUCAAUGCGUUCACGUAAUUAUCCAACAACAUAA